AUGAAGAUGAAUGAGCGCUACCUCUUAAUUUUAUUUUCCCAACACGCUCUUGCUCAAGUUUGCUACUUCUUCGGCGAUAAAACAAAGACCUUCCAGACGAGUCCUGGUUACAAGCCAUGUAGCUCCAAGAUCACGACUUACUCGACCUGCUGCGAUUUCGGGAAUGGCGACAAAUGUCUGGAAAAUGGCUUGUGUUUACAGUCCGAUACUAACGAGACUGGAGUUAUGUACCGCGGUGGCUGCACCAAUAAGAAUUGGAACAAUUGCCCUGACAUUUGUCUGAGAGUUAAUACAGGGGGUGCAGAGCCACUCAGACAGUGCUCGUCCAAGGACUAUUGUUGUUGGAGUGACUCAAGAGGAUCAAACUGUUGUAACCUCGAAGGGCGACAAUUCUCAGUCACAGACGGUCCGCAUGUCUCUGUUGGUGGCGGUUUCGUCGCAGGAGAGCACCGGUGA